CUAGGGGGGGAAAGCGUCGUGGCGGGUGGCCGGGCGGACGGUUUCCGGGUCACGUCCACAGGUUGCCAGCUUGUUGCCUCAGUUUCCUCCGCCUGGCUAACAUGAAAGCAGCGGCGUGACAAACUUUGGUGUGGAGUCAAGUCUCGCUGCAGAGGAGUCCGGCUGCCUCCGAGACCAACAGGGAGCCCGGAGGGAGGAGGAGGCGGAACGGCCAGGACACUCAUUUCACCUCCGUGGUGAUGCAGCCAUGCUAACAUUAGCCGGAUAGGCAGCCAGCUGCGGCGGAGCAUUUCAGCAUCUGACCCGUGCUUGGCAAGAGGCCUGCCGUCAGACAUGUCCUCCCCAUCCCCUGUCCAAAUCAGGGAGGCCAACGCCCACCUAGCGGCGCUGCACCUGCGGGUGCUGGAGCUGGAGGAGAGACUGCAGGCUGCAGAGAACACCGUGAGAGAGCAAGCCGAGAGUCUGAUCCGCAAGGAUGACCAGAUGAGAGCUGCCACCCAGGAGAUAAACGAGACCAAGGAAAGAGAAAUAUCUUUUCUCAAUGAGAAACUAUGCCGAUGUGAAGAGACCAUUAAACAUUACCAGCAGUCCUUGAAGGAGAGAGACUCUUUGGUAGCUCAACUGCAGCACCGCUGCCACCUGCUGGACAGCAUAUGCAAGAGCAGAGCCACUCUGGAUAGCAUGCUGGCUCUGAUGGCCGAGGCUGAGAGGCUGGGUCCUCUCGGUGGAUUGGAGGGGGCGGGACUGGGAGCUGGACUGAACGCAGGAGGUGGGAUGGGGGAACCCAGCAUGACUAAUUCUUCCCUACCGGGCGUAGAAUCUAGCUGCAGUCCCAGCAGAGCAGCACCGACCUCUGACUACUGCAGCCCUAACAGAGUGAUCUGCAACCAUAAAGACUUCUCUCUGAGUGAGGAUGACGUGGACAGUCAGGACAUGGACGACAUGGGCUUCGGAACGACUGUGUAGACUGGCAGCACACAGUAGAUGGCGCUCACUCUGGUCCUAGAUGGUACAGCAUGAUGAGCAGAGUUUGGUGAAUGGUUUGGAAGGGGAAGAUGGAGAGAAACUGCCCUUGAGUGUCAAGACUCCCAGCACCAGAGGAACUCCUUGUGUCAGGAAGCUUUAACCAUCCACCAUGAAAUCAGUGCUGAAAAAACACAAUAGGCUUUAUUAAGAGUUCCUUAAAGGACGAUACAUGGUCAGAGUCUGGUGGAGAGAAAGUCGAUCCUGGCCUCUGUGGACAUACAGAUUGACAAAUGGGGCAAAAUCAAUGCAAUGCAAUGAUCAGAUGGUCUUAUGUUCAUUACCCUGAGACAUGGUCCAUUCAUGCCGUCCACCUCUGAUCCCCCCUGGACCAUAUCUACACAGUGAAAUAUGAUUUUCUUUGCACGUUUUAUUCAUUCAUUGUUCAAUAUUGUCUUUUUGGAAAUUCUUUUUGAAAAGGCCUAAUGUAUGCCAGAGUUUCCCUACAAUGGAAUAUGUGUGGCCGGUCAGUCCAGUGAUGGUCUCAGUGCUGCCACCAUGACAAGAAGUACAAUUCUGAGGGAUAACGCUAAAUAUUUUAUACAACGCUUGGGCAUUAUCAUAUUUAAAGAUUUGAAGAGCAGCACAAUGUAGUGUCAGUUGUUAGUUUAAGCAGAGGCAUCGGCCUUCAGAAACUCAUAUUUGCUGUACUCUUAACCAGCAGGGUGGCCCAGCGUCACUUUGUCUGAAAAUAUGUGCUGAAUGUUCUGGUGUUUGGAGUUAGCAGGUUACUAAAAGGGCUUCAUGUUAGCAUGGUGGUUCCACUGUUAGUUACUGUUAGUCCUCUUGUUUUUGUUUUAUAUCUUGUUGAUCGGUUAGAGCAAGUACUUUUGCAACUGGGGUAUUCUUAAUUUAUCCAACGAGAUAAAUCAAAUACUUUGUUUUUAUCCACUAUGUUUCAUGUUACAUAUGUUGCCUUAGAGAUUGUGUUUACAUGGCUUUGUCUGUUUUUUGUAACUUUGUUUAGCCUUUUACUUGCUAUUAAUGAUAACUAACCAAGAUUGUUUUAUAUUACAAAGCAACCAUCUUAUCAGCCUAAACCACAGAGCGGAGCUAGAGUCGGGACAGUGUGGAUUCCCCCUGAUUACUCAGAUUAAACUGUGGUGUUGAUAUGGACACCAGUGCAAAACCUUUUCCACAAAGGAAGUGACAGGUCAAACUUCCAGAGGUGUGUCUUAAACAGCAGAGAGUGAGAAAUUCAGUUUAAAUCCCAAGUCUCAUGCUGUGGCAGCUUACUGAUGUCAUCUUACAGGAUUUCUGGGUACUGACUUAUGUUUUUUUUUUUUUUUUGUGCAUUUAUUCUGUCUUGUAUUUGAGGAUGCUAGCAUAAAAAAAACUUGCCUGUACCAUGAAAUUUCAACAGGGAUUCCAUGUUUGCUUUCAGUGUGUUAGAAAAUAUAUUUUUGUUGCUUACAGUA